GUGGCGCUCUUCCAUUGGUUUGAAGACGGGUUUGCUCCAGCGCAGCACCUUUUAGAAUCUGCAGGGCAUGCGCAGACUCUGCGCCCAGAGGAUGCGUGACCUGUGUUGUCAGUUCUGGCUGCGGUCAAGCAGUUUGGGUGCGUCCACGGAGAUCAUUCUGCGCAGAUUCUAUGCAGAAUCUGACCAAAUUUAUCCAAUGAUCUUUUAUGAACUGGUCAGAUUCUGCGCAUAAUGAUCUCCGUGAACGCACCCUUUGCCUUACUCGGACAGGGUAUGCGCGCAGACUCACGUAAUUUGACGGAAAGGCUACGCACACUCUCAAAAGUCUGCGCGUCGGCUUCUCAAACCGGAUCCAUGCUGUGGCUUGCAAAAUAAGAAUGGGCAGAAGCUGGAAGUGACAUUAUAAUUGUAUAUUUUUAAUAAUAAAAAGUGUACUACAUUGCAAUUUACAAUGGCAGCUUUACGAACAAGGUUCAACUCUUUUAAAACAGGCUGGCAGCAAUCUCCACAUUUACUCGCAUUAAAUGGACGUUUUAAUGCUUGUAGGCAAAGGUGUAUAUCACUAUCAAAAUGCGGUAAUAAUAAUAAUCGGAAUUCUCUGUUCAAGAAUCAGCCCACUUUUGGCCUCCUGUUUGACAUAGACGGGGUCCUUGUCCGAGGACGGACUCUGAUUCCAGCAGCAAAAGAGUCCUUCAAGAAACUAGUGGAUAGAAAUGGGGAGUUCCAGGUGCCAGUGGUGUUCGUCACGAACGCUGGGAACGGUGUGCGUCAAGCCAAAGCAGAGCUGCUAUCCCAGGUGUCCCAGGACCAGGUUAUGCUGUCCCACAGUCCUUUGCGGAUGUUAACCCAGUACCACAAUAAGAAUGUUCUGGUCUCGGGACAGGGGCCUGUGGCAGAGAUCGCCCAGAAUAUGGGUUUCCAACACGUGGUAACCAUAGAGAUGCUACGUGAGGCCUACCCGCUGCUAGAUGUGGUGGACCAAAACCGAAGGCCCAAAGAGCAGAUACCUCCAGACAAGGACUUCCCUCGGAUUGAAGCUGUGAUUCUGUUUGGAGAGCCAAUCCGGUGGGAGACCAACCUGCAGCUUAUUGUGGACUUGCUAUUGACCAAUGGGUACCCAGCAAAUCCUGUGAUGUCACCGCCCUACCCUCACAUCCCUGUGCUGGCCUGUAACAUGGACCUCAUGUGGAUGGCGGAGGCAAAGAUACCCAGGUUUGGCCACGGCUCAUUCCUGGUGUGCUUAGAGAGCAUCUAUAAGAAGAUCACAGGCAACGAGCUGAAGUACGAGGCCCUGAUUGGCAAACCCAGUUUAAUAACAUACAACUACGCCGAACUGCUCGUGAGGCAACAGGCAAAGAGCAGGGGCUGGUCCGGGCCAAUCCGCAGGCUCUACGCUAUCGGGGAUAACCCCAUGGCAGACAUCUACGGAGCCAAUCUAUAUAACCACUCCCUGCAGUCUGCACAACGGUCCCGAGUCCAGGCCAAGAUGAAGGCCGGGCAGGUGGUGGAGGAGGAGGGGGCAGAGGCUGGGUCCCCUGCAGGGGAGAGAGGGGGGAAGCUGGGGGGGAGCUGUCACGCCGAGAGCUGCAGAUCCAUCCUGGUGUGCACAGGUGUGUACAGCCGCCACGAGGAGCUUCCCUCUGACCCACACGAGAGCGUCACCCAGCGCGUCUUUCACGGACACCGCGACUUCCGCUUUGACCCCAGCCUGGUGGAGGCGUCCUACGUUGUGCAGGACGUUAACGAGGCUGUUGACCUCAUCUUCACCCAGGAGAACUGGCCCUUGAACUAAACCAGGGCUCCUAAUUGCCAGUGCCUGUAUACUAAAGGGAGUGGGGGCAUCCAGCUGGUUAUAUAAGACUGCUAAGAAGCCCCUUCUAAAAGUUUUCCAUAAUAAAAGCACAUCAGUGUAGUAAAGCAUAGGUAAGCAUUGUAAAGCGGAGAGAUGUAUGGUAAAGCAUAUUAGUAAACAUGACAAAUCAUGGUAAACUAUAGUUAAUGUAUAGUAUAACCAUGGGAAAACUGCAAAAUGACCAUGAAAAUGUACUAUGGUAAACUUUUAUAAGAGGCAGCCUAGCAUAAUAGACCAGGCCUUGAAACUCGCGGUAGCCUUGUAACCAGUCCGGGGUUUCAGGUACGUUAUUGAACUAAUCACUAGUCGGGUUAUAUUCUUUGAACUAAUCAGUCUUAUCACAACCAUUAGUGUGUAGAUUAACUGAGGCCUUGUACACACACACUCCGGUUAGCAGGACAGCCGUGUUAACAAACUGCACUCGCUGUGGUUGUUUGUUGUGCACACACGCCUUUCAUUACUGAAGUGAGUGACUCCCUGUUUAAACUAACACCUGAACUCGGACCACCGUUACACAGCAUUCGUUAGGUUUGUGUGGCGGCAGCAUGGAGGCUGUGUUUUUGUUUAUGCUUUUGGAAUAAAGUACAGGACGUAAUCGAUCGAGAGCUUGUCAAGCACAGCUAUGCUCUUUUCUGCAAAACCAGCAGAGACUGUGUUUUGCUUUUUCUGCACUGAGGUACAGUAGCGAUGAUCUGCAGUACCAUGACGGUAGAGCGAAACAUUUGGGCGAUCUUCUGACCAGAAGGCUGGUGGGAAAGAAUUGAGUGGUCGCACUGUGGCAUUUGGGGACACAGAUUGUCCCAUAUUGUUUAAUUUAAGUUGCAAAACCAAAAAUAUAUAGGUGUUUCGUUUUCUUUUUACAACAGAAUAUUAUACAACUGUACAUCGAUUUAAAUAAAAAAAAGUAUAUUAUAUGUAUACACUAUUUACUAAGGUUAUGAAUUUACUAUUCAUCAAUAUUACAAAAUCAUAUUGGCUCAUCAGACACCUACAUUAUUUUUUUCAGCCAUGUUUAUCGCACGGAAAUGUCUGACGCAUCUUUACUUGCGCAGAAAUCCACCAAGCACCUACUGCAUUUGUUUUAGUGCAGUUUUAAUACACACACACACACACACACACACACAGUUGUAGUGCAUUAACAAACUGAAUUAAUAACUGUACUCACUACGUGUUCCGAACAGGAUUAACUAGUGCGGUUGUCGCUGCCUUUUGCAACAGAACGGUUUGUGUACUUAAACAAAAGGUGAAUUCGCAACCGCAUCUAGGCUGUGUGUGGGCGAGGCCUUAUAGGAUUUAUUCAUAGAGCUAGAGGGGAGGAACAAUGUAUUGAACACCAAAUCCCUGACUCCUGAUCAUAUAAAUAUUGUACUCAUUAAAAUAAACUUUUGACAAAUCAAGUCUUUUUCAGUGUCAGUUUCAAAAAAAGAUUUCUAGUGAAAUUGUUUGUCAUUGAAGUAGGUCACUUUUAGUAUUUAAAAAUGUAGCACUAAUGAAUAUGAAAUAGUUAUGUAUGAAAUAAUGUACUCAAUUAAGGAUAGAUCCUAAACCCAGGACUGGCUAGAGUUAAGGGUCGUCCAAAAUUAUCAAAUAACAGCAAGACACACCCCCCUCCCCCCCCCCCCCCCCAAAAAAAAAAAAUAAAAGCAUUCAUAAAAAUGCUGCCAUUUGAAAGCCCUGGGUUUUCAAAAUGUAAUUACUCAUAGUGAAAGUGAAAAUUGAGUUUUGUGUACCCUAUUGCAGGUUUUUCAAAAUAAGCCGGGGUAACGUCAGAAAAUGCAUCCCUCAGAAAAAUGCAUCCCUUGGUCAUAGGCAUGCUCAAUAUCUGUUUUAGUAGUCCACACCUCUUAUUAGUUUUCCCUGCCUCACACUUUUGUCCCACCUAUUUAAUUUUUGCAUCCAGUUAAGAAUGGCCUCUAUAGGGGCUCCCGAGUGGUGCAUCCAGUAAAGGCGCUCUGUGUGGAGUGCAGGGUGUGUCCCAUAGUCUGGACGUCGCGAGUUCGAGUCCAGGCUAUUCCUCUGCCGACCGAGGACGGGAGCUUCCAGGGGGCGGCGCUCAAAUGGCCGUGCUCCGCCUGGAGGGGAGGGAGCGUUAGGUCGGCCAGGGUGUCCUCGGCUCACAGCGCACCAGCGACCUCUGUGGUCUGGCCGGGCGCCUGCGGGCUUGCUGUAAGCUGCCUGAGAGCUGCGUUGUCCUCCGACGCUGUAGCUCUUGGGUGGCUGCAUGGUGAGUCCGCAGUGUGAAAAAAAGCGGUUGGCUGACGGCACAUGCUUCGGAGGACAGCGUGUGUUUAUCUUCGCCCUCCCGAGUCAGCGCAGGGGUGGUAGCGGUGGGCUGAGCCUAAAAAAGAAUUGGACAUUACUAAAUUGGGGAGAAAAUAAUAAAAUUAAUUGGCGGCCACUAAAUUAAAAAAAAAAAAAAAAAGAAUGGCGUUGUCUCAAAUCAUUUAAACUACUGAAAUAGUUGUAUUGCCACACAUUUAAGUUAAUUUUUUUAAUUGCCCAAUUAAUUGUACAGGAUGCAUAUACAAGGUUUCUAGAUGUUGAGAAAUAAAAUCUUGUUAAAGGAUAAAACGAAAUAACCCAAAUGAAACGAUAAAUGAUAAAUAAUAAUAAAAAAAAUAUUUUUACAGGGCUCUAGUUUAGGCUCAUUUUGUGUAAAACGGGUUACCAAGCUAAAUAAAUAAAUAAACUCAUUGCUGGCUCUCGUUGGUCAAUGUAUGGUAUGAUUGACAGAGGUAACCAACCAAUGGUAUAAACACAUAUAGCUUGAUACUGCACUGCCAGUUGUAUUGCUCAUUCUUGGGAAAGUGUAGCCUAUUUGGGCGUUGUGUUAUAUUGUGAAUAAUACAGUGGAAAAAAUAAAUGUAUACAAUUAUUUGUCUAGAAGGGUUUACCAAGCUAAAUCUCCAUAGCUUCAGUUCCAAGUUUUCCUUGGAAGGUGUGCUAUUUAAUUAAACACAGGUUUUAUUGUUUUACAUUUUAAAGGAAUUCAUUGUUGUGGUGACUUACUGUGGUGGCCUUUAUUAUCGUUUAUUGAUAGCUGUGUGAAUCUGAUGUGGGAUGGUGGGGGAAUGGGUCUGUGGCGCUAAGAUCUGUGUGAUAAAAUAUUUGUCUAGUAACGAGGAAGAAGCGAUACGGCCAUGGUCUUGCUAAUAGCUAUUGUUCCUAAGGCCUUUCCACUGACAACAGACGUCACGGAAAAUAGCAUAAGUUCUUCUGGGAGCAUGUUUAAAUAUUCCUUAUUUAAGAUCCAUUCGUAUUUACAGAUACUAUUUUGUUAGUCAAUAUAUGAAAGAUGUCUACAAAACUAAUGCUAUUUGUAAUAUAACUUCAAUAGAAAACAGCCUUACUAUUUAAAAAAUUUUUCAAACUGGGUUAAUUAUUUGAUUUAUUCGGUUAAGUGUGUCUGUUAAUCAUGAACAUGUUACAAGAGUUGUGUAGCGACCAUCUUCUUUUGCUGCUUCAGCUCUUAAAAACAUAAAUUAGCCACUAACAAUUUCAGAAAUGAACUUUAUAUUAUUUUAAUGUUUUGAACAAUAUAUUUUUUAAAUGUUUUGUUAUUGUAGGGGGUUAAUAUUUCCAUGUAAAGGUUGUAACGUCAAUAAAGGAACCUGCAUAAUA